CAAAAACAAAUGAAUUUAAAGAGAAUUUGGAUGAAAAUAAUGUGAUCAAAAAUAUGAGAAAUCUUUUAAAUUCUCAAAAUUCUCAGAAUUUACCUAAUUUACCUGAAAUGGUAUUUUCUGAAACUACCGUGAGAAUUUUUGAUAAUGUACCUCCUCCUCCUGCAUAUGAUAUUAAAGCAAACAAUAGUGAUUUAUCUAGUGAAGAUUAUGCAAAGUGGAAAUUAGCUGAAAAAAGUAGGAGUCGUCGUAAUGAUGAUUGGGAUGGAUUUGUGAUGGCAAUUCCUGGGGGUUAUUCAGCUCCUAAUGGUGGUAGUGAAAGCGAGAAAUAUGUUUAUUUUAAUAAUCAACAUGAUGUAGAAAGGGUGGAUUAUAGAAAUAGUAAUG